UAUAUAUACCUCGGUUAGUUUAGGUGGACAAUAUGAAACUAGCUGUAAGUUUUAUUGUGGCACUAAACAGCUUGACUCUGGUGUCAUGCUUCUCUUACCACAGUCGUCUUGCUAAUGCACGAAACCAGAGAUUGCCAAAUCCACGUCAAAUAUACGAAAAUCAAGAAAGUAUGCUGAACCGUGGUCGGAGGGGCGGCGUUAGGGAUCCCACACCCUUUCCAGCAUACCCGUACGGUGGCUCCCAACCCCGGCAGCAUAUUGACAGCGAACCAAACCAACCCUACAUUCCAAACACGUUUAAUGAUCAAGCCCAGCAAAGUCACAGCUCUUCAGACAGUGCAAACGUCGGCAACGGCGCUCCAAUUCAGCCUGCCGACUCAUCGUCUGCUUCGGUCGAUUCGGCAAACACAGCGUCGGAGCACAGUGUCCCAUGCGAUAAAACCAAGUGCCCGCCACUAAGAAAUUGCAUCAACGAAACGUCAUCAGAAACCAACUGCUGCCCAACAUGUGAUCGUUCGGGUUGUCAGUGUGAAGGCUACCAAUACUACGACUGUCUCCUCAAUGGGUUUGUAGGCGGACUCGUCCCAGAAGGAGAGUCGUAUUCUGUCGACGAUGGAAGCACUAUGUGCAGUUGUCCCAUGGGUGGUGGCAUGAUAGUUUGCAGCUUUCAAGUGAGUGGUUUCAACAGCCAUGGGCGAACCCCUCCUAAAGUAGCAUGUCCGAAACCGAGACCUUUCUGUAUUGAAACUUACACGAGGCCGUCUGACGGUUGUGAAGAGUGUUUAGCGGUCGGUUGCGUUGGGGAGGAUGGCCAUAAAUACCAAGCUGGCGUAAACUUUGAUCGACCACCAUGUACUGUUUGUUACUGCCCGCCCGAAGGUGGCGAUAUCCUGUGUGCAACGGAUCAUGUUUGCCAAGAACGUAUGGAUCAGCGUGCAAAUCCCCCGCAAACAUCAUUGGCAUUAGAGGCCACCCAAAGAGUCAUGCGAGAUCCCAUCGGUAACGAGGCUCAGUUGAACCAACAAGCUAACAUCGGCGACCAGUCGUCGUUCACCAAAGGUUCAAUAAUUGCCGACGAUGGUUACGAUACUCGCUUCUUGCAGUCCGACUGGAACAAGUUUGGGUCUUCAGAUUUGUAUCAGUCUAAAGGUGACACUGGAGGCGUCGGUUCCCGUAAUACUGGAUCCAUGGUCGCCCCACCGUUAGCUGACACACCUGAUGCAAGCGGCACGACUGCAAAUGCUGCUGCCGGGAAUCAACGCAAUUUUGGUGGAUCGCAGUCUACUUCGGAAGGAGGAGAUUCGUCCCAGGAGUCAAGCUAUCUUCCCUAUAAUCCAGGUUCAUUUGCAGCCCAAAGUCAACCUCUCGUACCCCCCGGAUCAGUAUAUCCAAACUAUGGUUUUAAACAGCAAUACUCGCCGUACAACUCUCAGUACCCACCAUACCCUUACCAGCAGUACCAUGGCUACCCACAGGGCCCUUCAAAUGCAAACAAUUUACCAACCAAUAGCGAAAAUACAGAAAACGAAGGCGAGCAGGACACAAAUAACGAUGCCACGAACCACCAAGCUGAUAACUAUCGAUACGGACAUGAAUCCUCUGACGUUUCAGAUCAAACUGGUGCAAACACAGCAUCUGAUGGCACCGGCAACGGUGCUGACAACUCUCGAUAUUCACCCUACCCUUCAAACCAGCAAUAUCAACCACCUCCAGGUUAUGGUCUCAACUACCUUGGCUACCACGGCAACACUGCAGUUAAAACUGGCAGCACUGGUACAGAGGGUCAAACACCUGAAGACGGCUCCGAUCUCACUGAAGUGAGGCCAGAUGACGAACAGUCGCGUUUGAACGGCUAUCUCGGUUACCCUCAAUCGUAUUUGAACCCGCAAUAUGGGAACGGGCGAUCCCCAGAGCAAACGGGCGACACAAGUCAAACAUCAGAUGGUUUAAAUUCAAGAUUGCCUUCAAACCCAGCGUUCCCACAUUACGCACAAUACCCAAGCUACCUUGGCCAACCAUACCGUGCUGCUGCCGGAGAUAAACUUACCCCAGACAACGAAGGCCUUUCUAACACCGGCAUUGGUAAUCAGAAUUUCCAAAGCCUCUACCCAUCUUCGCAUGGCACGGGACCUGUCGAUUCAAACGCAGUUGGUGGGAAUUCCCAAAACGCCCAACCCAACGAUGGCCUCAGUGUGAGCGACAGUUAUGGAGGAUUCGGACAACGAAAUCCAACACAAAACCUGGGCUUGAACUUUCCGUUACCGCCUUACCAUAGUGCCGGAUCCCAGGGGACGGACUACUAUGGAAACACAGAGAACUCGGAUCAAACCCGCAACGAUGACACCAACGAAGCGAACCCUGACAUACAACUUCCACCUUUGAGAAAUGUGCGUUCCGGUCAAGUGGUUGAUUCGCAAGCUUUUAUUGAUCAACCUGAGACCACGACAACGUCAACCACAACGACCAGCACCCAACCAACCACCACAACAAAAACUACAACGACACCAACUACAACAACAACACCAACUACAACGACAACACCAACUACAACAACUACACCUGCAACAACAACAACAACUACAACGACUCCCACCACCACUACAACGACCGUAACACCCACAACUCGCAGCACAACAACAGCCACCAUCCACCACCGACAUAAAAUCCAUCGCAUUCAUGGCGUUGACAGAAACGUACACAAUAACUCAGAAAGCUUCGAAAAUGUUCUUACCGCCUGCUGUUACCAAGGAAAGCAGUUUGCGCUAAGUCAUGACAGCUGUCAUGGCAUUCCAGUGACCGUAACUUCCUACACCCAAAUCUGCGCUGUGGCUCAGGAGAAAUGCUGCCUUGAGGCGGAAGAACAAGAAACCUGCAACCGCGGAGUUGCGACCGCUCGGAGCAUGGCAGUAUGUGACGCCCCUACAUCAAUCCGCGGUCAAUGCGAACAAGACGGUUUCAAAUCCUGCUGCGAUUGCUGUGCUCUUGGGUUGAAGGCUUAUGGUUUAUCCCUCAGCUGCAGCAUGGAGAUCCUUGGCGAACCGUGCAACAGUGCUUACUCGGAAUGCUGCAGGACAGGCCCCCUUACCACCCAACCAGGAGAUACAACUGAGACGUCAACUUCAACUGCGAAGUCUGCGCGUCUCAACACGACUCCGGCUACAGAGUUCACGGGACCGCGAUGCGCCACCAGCAACGUAUGCGACCACACUUGCACUGAUACCAGCACUGGCAUCCAGUGUUCCUGUAGGGAAGGCUACGCCCUUGAAGACGAUAGUGUGACUUGCUCAGAUAUCAACGAAUGCGUGCUAGCGACCCACUCCUGUGUUGAAGGCCAGAUUUGCUUCAACACGCUCGGUAGCUUUACCUGUCAGCGACUCAUAAGCUGUGGUACUGGAUACGAGCUCACCGACCGCAACACGUGCGACGAUAUUGACGAAUGCCAGCUAAACAUCGAUAAUUGCGGGGACAAGCUCAACUGCAUCAACAUACGAGGCUCAUUCCGAUGUGUAGCCAAGUCUUGCGACGCUGGCUAUUUCACCGACGCGGUCGGUGGUUGCAUAGAUAUUGAUGAAUGUCGAUCCGGAGACUAUAUUUGCCCCUCUGGGACGCACUGUCGGAAUACACACGGGUCGUACGUAUGCGAUUGCCCCGAUGGUUAUGUACUAAGUUCAGAUCAACAGUCUUGUGAAGACAUCGACGAAUGUAUCUUGGGAGCUCACGAAUGCGCUGACGGUGAGACAUGCGUCAAUACAGAGGGAAGCUUUAAUUGCAUCCAACGUCCAUCAUUGACUUGCACGGCUGGUUAUGAGAUUAGUGACGACGGCGAGUCGUGCAUAGAUGUCAACGAGUGCGACCGCGGUACACAUACUUGUUCCAGCGGUUCAACUUGCAUCAACGAGGAAGGCAGCUUCAGAUGCCAAGAUCCAAUUAUAUGCACACCUGGAACUCGCCCGAGCAGCAAUCAACGCUCGUGUAUUGAUAUCGAUGAAUGCGAGGACCCUUUGAUUCAUCAGUGUGGCGAGGGCGCUCGGUGUGUCAAUGUACCUGGAUCGUUCAGAUGCGAGUGCAACCGUGGCUACAGGACAACCUUCCAGGGUAGUCGCACCAGAUGUCAAGAUAUUAACGAAUGCGCACUUGCGGCCGGAGAGAGAUGCAUGUACAGGUGCCGCAAUUCACCAGGAAGCUAUUCGUGUGUUUGCCCGAGUGGUUAUAAUUUGGAACGAUUCGACGGAACUUGCACAGAUAUUGAUGAGUGUAAUACUAAUCAACACAACUGCAGUCGCUCAGAGACUUGCUUUAACACAAGAGGAGGCUUCAAGUGUGUUGAAAUCACCUGCCCUGCGCAUUACGCCAGACUUUCGAACCGAAAAAGAUGCGUUCGUCAAUCCUGCAAAGCGGCAACCAACAAGCGGUCGUGCAUACGACUGCCGAAGCAGAUUUCACACCACAACAUCUCAGUGAGGAACAACGCUGCUCCCGGAACAACUUUGUUCAGAAUGAGUUUAGCAAAAGGUUACCCGAAAGAUCGAUACUACUUCAUGCUUACCAAGGGUAACGAGGAUAUGCUCUUCCGCGCAUCUAAGCGUCGUUUUAAGAAGAGAAAGAGUGGAAUAGUUUAUGCUACGAGGAAACUCACAGGACCGAAAGAUUACGUGGUCGACCUCACAUUGAAGUUGUACCGAAAGCGAAGAUGGGCCACCUUUAUUUCUCGUUUAUAUAUUUUUGUUUCGGAAUUUCACUUCUAGUUUUCUCUACUUGACAGUCGGGCUGAAUCAGUCGUUGUGUGGCACCUAGAGACAAAAAGAAGCUCCUACGCAUCUGUAUAGGAGGGCGCGAAGAGUCCAGAUUAGGAUUAUGUACAUAGCUGAAUCGGCAAAUGUAAAUUACAAGUUUUCAAGCGCAUCAGGGAUUUCAAAAUUACAGCAUAACCGCUCUCACAGCACGCCAAACCUGAUUUCAAUUUCAGUGUUUUAUCGUUUAGAGAUAACUAUUUUUUCGUCUUUAAUGCAGUAUUAGUCUGUCACAGCAUAGAUAGUAACACACAUAAGCAUUCGAUGAGAAAUUAUCGGUUGCUGUUAACAAAGAAACUAAACUACAAAACAACACUGGUGGAAAAUUAUGUUCCCUUUUAUUAAUUGCCCCCUGUUUAAGAUCUAAUAACAAUUUCUUACCCUAUUAUAUUCCUUUGCGCAUAUUUUCCCAUAUAAUGUGUGGGUUAAAUACGUUUAAGUUCACUAAUUCAUUAACCAUAGUCUUAUCAUCUCAUUUUUUGCACAUCGGCGUACCAAGCUGAGCGGACAAUGCCGCUUAAGCCAUAUAUGGUGAAGCAAAUGGGUAAAGUUUCCCGAAUGUUCUUACUGGUUCCUGCUUUUAGAUUAUUUAUUUUUUGCAUCCUCGUUGUUUUGCCGAUGUUCCACGUUGUUUUAAGCUGCCUUGUACAAUGUACACUUUGCAUGUCACUCGCCUACAAUGCCAAUAUGCUCCUACAGGCACACAGGCAUCCAAAUAAACCGACGAAAAAGUGGCUGCCUGGUUACGAAG